AUGAUGUACGGGAUACGAAAUAGACUCGGUGUUGCUCGGGCUCUUUUAGGUUAUGUGAAUAAAGCCGCACUAGUGCCAGCUGCAACAAAUUUUCCACUCCGUAAACAAUACACGACGACCGUCGACAAUAAUUCCCCGGUCCAGUUUGAUGAAAACCCAUUCGCAAAGGAAAAAGUACAGUGCAUUUUGUGCAAACAUGGCAUAAACCCGGAUUACAAAAACGUUCAACUACUGUCACAGUUUCAAAGCCCAUACACUGGCCGUGUUUACGGUCGACACAUAACCGGUUUGUGCAAAAAUCGACACGAGCAAGUAGAACGGGAAAUCAUUAAAGCACAAAAUGCUGGAUUUAUGCCUACAUACCAUAAGGCUGUAGACUUCCUAAAUGAUCCAAAACUGUUUGAUCCCGAAAAGGCGAUUCGUCCGCACAAAUAUUAA